CGAGGGAGUGAGUCUCGGCACGUUGCUGUGUGGAAGCCCAUACACACCUACUUGUUUUUCUAUUUUUCUGAAGCCAUCCAAAGAGAACAAGGAAAGGCAAGCCAAGAACUGGUUUCUCCACUUCAGUCAAAAAGGGAUUUUUUUGGGGGGGAGGGAAGAUUUCAGGAUUUUACCCCUCUCUUUGUACUCUUACUCUCUGAGCAUAGCAGCUGAUCAGGAUGAUAGCAGCACAGCUUCUGGCCUACUAUUUCACAGAGCUGAAGGAUGAUCAGGUGAAAAAGAUCGAUAAGUACCUGUACUCCAUGCGCUUCUCGGAUGAGACGCUGCUGGACCUCAUGGCUCGGUUCCGCCGGGAGAUGGAGAACGGGCUGAACCGCGACACCAACCCCACCGCGGUGGUAAAGAUGCUGCCCACCUUCGUCAGGUCCAUACCCGAUGGAUCAGAAAAGGGGGACUUCAUCGCCCUGGAUUUAGGAGGCUCCCACUUCCGCAUCCUGCGCGUGAAGGUGUCCCACGAAAAGAAGCAGACGGUUCAGAUGGAGAGCCAGAUCUACGACACUCCAGAGGACAUCAUCCAUGGCAGCGGGACCCGCCUCUUCGACCAUGUGGCGGAAUGCCUGGGAGACUUCAUGGAGAAGCAGAGCAUCAAGGACAAGAAGCUGCCGGUGGGCUUCACCUUCUCCUUCCCCUGCGCUCAGACCAAACUGGACGAGGCCGUUUUGCUGACCUGGACUAAACGCUUCAAAGCUAGUGGUGUGGAAGGGAUGGACGUUGUGAAGCUUCUGAAUAAGGCCAUUAAAAAACGAGGGGACUACAAUGCAGACAUCAUGGCUGUGGUCAAUGACACAGUGGGAACAAUGAUGACCUGUGGAUUUGAUGACCAGCGCUGUGAAGUUGGUAUCAUCAUAGGCACGGGCACCAACGCUUGCUACAUGGAGGAGCUGAGGCACAUCGACAUGGUGGAGGGGGACGAGGGCAGGAUGUGCAUCAAUACCGAGUGGGGGGCGUUCGGGGACGACGGCACCCUAGAGGACAUCCGCACCGAGUUCGACAGAGAGAUCGACAGGGGCUCCCUCAACCCCGGGAAGCAACUGUUUGAGAAGAUGGUCAGUGGGAUGUACAUGGGCGAGCUUGUGAGACUUAUCCUCGUCAAGAUGGCUAAAGAAGGGUUGUUAUUUGAGGGUCGAAUCACCCCCGAGCUUCUUACCAAAGGAAAAUUUGAAACAAAGCAUCUCUCUGCCAUUGAGAAGAGCAAGGAGGGCCUGUCCAAAGCGAAGGAAAUCCUGACCCGCCUGGGCGUGGAGCCCUCGCACGACGACUGCAUCGCCGUGCAGCACGUCUGCGCCAUCGUGUCCUUCCGCUCCGCUAACCUCAUCGCGGCCACGCUGGGGGCCAUCCUGACCCGGCUAAAGGACAACAAGGGCACCCCGCGCCUGCGCACCACCGUGGGCAUCGACGGAUCCCUCUACAAGAUGCACCCUCAGUACGCACGUCGCCUGCACAAGACGGUACGGCGCCUGGUCCCCGAGUCAGACGUCCGCUUCUUGCUGUCGGAGAGCGGCAGCGGCAAGGGCGCCGCCAUGGUGACGGCCGUGGCCUACCGAUUGGCUGAGCAGUCCCGGCAGAUCGCCCAGACGCUGGACGAAUUCCGGCUCACCAAAGAGCAGCUGCUGGAGGUGAAGGCGCGCAUGAGGACGGAGAUCCAGAAGGGGCUCAGCAAGGCCAGCCAGGGGUCCGCCACAGUCAAGAUGCUGCCCACCUUCGUACGCAGCACACCUGAUGGAACAGAACAUGGGGACUUUUUGGCGCUGGACCUCGGAGGGACGAACUUCAGGGUGCUGCUGGUGAAGAUUCGCAGUGGCAAGAGGCGGACAGUGGAGAUGCACAACAAAAUCUACGCCAUUCCAAUCGAGAUCAUGCAGGGAACGGGAGAGGAGCUGUUUGAUCACAUUGUGCACUGCAUCUCUGACUUCCUGGACUACAUGGGGAUGAAGAACGCCCGCCUGCCCCUGGGGUUCACCUUCUCCUUCCCCUGCAGACAGACCAGCCUGGAUGCGGGCAUCCUUGUAAACUGGACCAAAGGGUUCAAAGCCACAGAUUGUGAGGGGGAGGAUGUGGUGGGCCUGCUGAGAGAGGGGAUCAAACGGAGAGAGGAGUUUGACCUUGAUGUAGUGGCGGUGGUGAACGACACCGUGGGGACGAUGAUGACAUGCGCGUACGAGGAGCCCACCUGCGAGAUCGGCCUGAUUGCAGGAACGGGCAGCAACGCCUGUUACAUGGAGGAGAUGCGGAACAUCGAGAUGGUGGAGGGGGACGAGGGCCGGAUGUGUGUCAACAUGGAGUGGGGCGCCUUUGGGGACAACGGGUGUCUGGAUGACAUCAGGACAGCGUACGAUGUUGCUGUGGAUGAGUUCUCGCUGAAUGCGGGGAAACAGAGGUACGAGAAGAUGUGCAGCGGGAUGUACCUGGGUGAGAUCGUGCGGAACAUCCUGAUAGACCUGACGAAGCGAGGCUUCCUCUUCAGAGGCCAGAUCUCUGAGACCUUGAAAACCCGCGGCAUCUUCGAGACCAAGUUCCUCUCCCAGAUCGAGAGUGACCGUCUAGCGCUGCUGCAGGUGAGGUCCAUCCUGCAGCACCUGGGGCUGGACAGCACCUGUGACGACAGCAUCAUCGUGAAGGAGGUGUGCGGCACCGUGUCCCAUCGGGCAGCCCAGCUCUGCGGAGCCGGCAUGGCCGCCGUGGUCGACAAGAUCCGUGAAAACCGAGGACUGGACCACCUGGAAAUCACCGUGGGGGUGGACGGGACCCUCUACAAACUCCACCCACACUUCUCUAAGAUCAUGCACCAGACGGUGAAGGAGCUGGCCCCGCAGUGUGACGUGAACUUCCUGCUGUCGGAGGACGGGAGCGGGAAGGGGGCAGCCCUGAUCACCGCAGUGGGGUGCCGUCUGCGCCAGCAGGAACAGCAGAGCUGAAUCCCAGCCCCGCCCCCGGCCACCACCACCAUCCCAGAAUGCAUCACUCCGCAGUCACCACACUCCCACAACCCACUCUUCUCCCUUUGUCUUCCUGGAGAUUAUUAUACUCCUUCACUAGCCAUACCAUCAGCUACCCUCAAACUCCCUUCUCCUCACUCCCUGCUCUACUAAUUCUGCUCCACCUCCCUCAUCCUCUUUCCCUAUUCUACCUCCCAAUCUCCCAAACACUGGUUGUUUUCAUAUUAUAUCCCACUGACUAUCUAUGCCUGCCUUUCACCUUUCAAAGGGAGUUCAAGACAGAAUUCACAUAUGCAUAUACAGUAUACAGCAUAUGACAUAUGAUCUUAAAACCCUAACCUUCAUAAUACCUGCUAUACCAGAGAUAACCUUUUGAUUAAUGUAUUUUAAGAUCUUGUAACACAGCUGUAACUAUUCCUAUGAAUGUAUAUUAGAAAAUAAAGGGAAGAUGUCUCUAUGAGAAAUGUAGUACACGUGACCAUGUAUCUGUUAUUUACUUCAUUUGUGUAUUUGAGCGCUUUAUGAUCACACCAGUCUGUAGGUGCGAAUUGAGAGACAAUGAUAGAAGGUUUUAAUUGACAGGCUGGGACCUGAGGUUUUAUUCUGUAGGCUUGAUUCAGUAUUUCUAAACAGUCAGAAUUUGUGUGCUUCAUAACAUUUCCUGAUGGACAUUUCAAAUAAGAGGUCAAAAUGACCCUGGUUGCUGUGUCUUUGCUUAUGUAUUUAGCAUUGUAGAGUACCUUAGCUAUAUGGCUGGAAAGAAUGCUUACUGAGGUUCUCAUUACUCUUCAUGCACCUGUGUGAACAACUGUGUGUCCUAUUGUAAGAGAAGCUUUAACAUUACAUGUGUAAGACCAUAUGAUCAACGCAUGCCUUAUCUGGGGACACAUAUAGGGUAUAGGGUCUAUUUUUACACCAAUAUUGAUGCACUAGUGUUCCUGAGAUUUAUAAAAUGGAAUAAAUUACAUUUUAUUUUGAU